GUGAUGACGUCACCGCCACGCAGAAGCCGAUUGGCGGCUCGAGUUGUCGCCAUGGCAACGCUUGUUGCGCUCAGGAGUUUGCUUAGAAUUUGGCUAUAGAGAGAAAGAGAAUCCGAAGCUCCGUGCACUACAAUACCCAGCAAUACCACAACACCAUGUCCCAGCAUGUGGCUGCCAUGAACCGCAAGAACCUACAGAAACUGGCGGAGACGCUGAGCAAGAGCGCCCGACACUUCACCAGGCACGAAGUGGAAUGUCUCAUCCGAUUAUACAACACAAUAGUCGGACGUCCUAUAGACCCCAACACCCGGGGCGGUAUCGACAGGAACACCUUCAGGAACAUCCUGCACAACACCUUCACCAUGACCGACGACAUCAUCAUGGACAGGGUGUUCCGCGGAUUCGACAAGGACAAUGACAGCUACAUCAGCGUCAGCGAGUGGAUUGAAGGCCUGUCAGUGUUUCUCCGGGGAACGCUGGAUGAAAAGAUUAAAUAUUGCUUUGAGGUGUAUGAUCUGAACAGUGACGGCUAUAUCUCCAGAGAAGAGAUGUUCCACAUGCUGAAGAACAGUCUUCUCAAGCAGCCGACGGAGGAAGAUCCAGACGAAGGCAUAAAGGACCUGGUGGAAAUUACACUAAAAAAGAUGGAUCACGACCAUGACAGCAAGCUAUCCUAUUCAGAUUUUGAAAAAGCGGUCAGAGAAGAAAACCUUUUACUGGAGGCGUUCGGUCCUUGCUUACCGGACAGUAAGAGCAUCAUGGCAUUCGAGAGCCAAGCAUUUGCAGAACCCUGCGACCCAUAGGCCUAUAUUCACACAGCAUCACAUCAGCAGGAGGAGACAUGGAUUUUCUUCAAGAAUAAAGUGAGAAACAGGA